AUGCUUCGCCGCUCACUCGCCGCCUAUGGCAGCUAUCUGUUGAACCAGCGACUCAUCGCGGAUUGGUGGCAGGCCGGCCACCGCGAGGAGGUGCACCGGGCAGCCAAGGCGCGGCUCAGCGCGGCCCUGGAAGAGGUCGAAAAGCGGUCGUCGUCCGCGGCACAAUCAUCGACGGCUUGUGCGGAUGAAGAUAGCGACCCCUCAUUUUCGUCUUCGCGGUCGUGCGAGUACGCGGAUGCGCCCCAUCGUUCUCCGCCGCUCAGUCUGUAUGAGGCCAACGCCCUUGUCGCAACGUUUGUGAGCAGCCACAACACACAGGACUUGAGUGCUACACUGCAGUACAUACGUGAGCAGCUUGGGGAGGAGCUCACCGCCUAUCAUUUCCACUCGCUGCUGCGCACAUUCAACUACCACCAUGACGCUGCAAAUGCACUUCAGGUGCUGGAGGUGAUGGUGCACAGCGGCACAACAACAUUGGAGACGUACGCCCGCAUGGUGGACUGUGCGCACUGCCUGUGCCCGCCUGAUGUGGAGGCCCGUCUGUUGCAGCUUGUUGCCCUGGCGCAGGACGCGUUCGGGACCCAUGUAAUGGAAGACGAGACCGGUACCGAGGGCGGGACAGUGGCCGCGUACAGUUUUUCAGAAGAAGGAUUUCAGGCACGUCAGGCGGCCGCGGAUCUUACGGGGGUCGGCGCGCCGCACCCCUCUAGUGACACGGCAACGCCGCAGCCUGCGAGACCGCCCCGCAGCGCCCCUGUGCUUUCCUCUCUGCUCUACCACUGCUCCACCACGAGCCAUCGGAGUACGGUUGCGUCGUGUGUUGUGAUGGCACUUUGGAUACGUGCUUUCGGUGUGGAGUUGACGGACUGGGAUGUGAUGUCGGUGCUGAGCAGCGUGCUCACACACCCCGACGAGUUUCCGCAAUUCUGCACCAUGUUCGGCUGCUUUGAUGCGUACAAGCGGGGCACCGUGAGCGUGCAAGCAGUGGUGGAGCGACUAGCGCUACUUGGGGAGGUGGAGCAGUGUGGACCGCCGACGGCCAGCGAGCUCGUGGAUGAGCACGCAGAACGCAAUGACAGAGGCAGGUUUGGCGGAGACAAGGGAAAGGCCCGGGACAGCCGUGUGCCGGCUGGGUCGUCUUCCACAUCGAUGUUGACGUCUUUGGUAAAGGCGAUGCAGGCGUCCCUCUGCGCCGCUGGCAUCGAUGCAGCUUCCAGAGUCGUUUCGCUGCCCUUCGUUAAUGCGCAGACCAACAGCAUGGAGGGGCUAGUCGUUGCCACAUUGCUGCCGCUCGUCCAAACGGGCGUUGGGUCACAUCGCUACAACGCCGGCCACCUUUUCCACGCCUUGAGUCUCGUACAAAGCAGUCUGGGGGACGACACCGGUGCCAUUCAGCUACUGCAGCGCGCGGCCUGUGAGCAGCAGCGGUGCACCAUGGCACAGGAGGCCCUCGGUAUGACUGUCAACUUGCGAGCGUCGAAGGCACAGCCUGGCGAAGAGCUCGCCAGCUCUGCAGAGUCUUCGUCAUCGCUUGCGGUGACUUCUGCAUCCGCGCCUGCGUCAAGAGAGCCAUACUGCGUCUCGGUCCAUCAUCUCUUAGACAUGGGCACGCUGCUGAGUCGCGUCAGCGCGACAACACUGCGUGACGUGCAGCGGCCCUUUCACGGUGUUUUGCGCCAGAUGGUGGAGGAGCUCUCUGAAAAGUCGACGGAGAAGCCGUCUCCCACUUCUGCUUCGCCUCCAUCCUCUUGGCCGACCAUGCCGGCCUCGUGUACACCGCCGGUGCCCUGCGCGCGUGACUUGGUCACCGUGAGCAACUACGAGACACAGUUCAUCCGGACGGUGUCCGAGGCGCGCGCGGUGCUCAGACGCGCGAUCGACGCAGGCAACGCCACCGUUAGUAAUGGACGUGUACCCCGCAGCACGCAGUUCAUGUUUAUGCAGCUCGCCCAGUGGUGCUGCCGCCAUCCGCCACGCAAUCCAAAACUGACGCCGGAGGGGUUGGAGGAGCGGACCAAGUGGGGCCGGUAUUUGGAUGCCCGCGACACGUCGCUCGCCCUCUUCGGGUCUGCACGACAGUCUCGUGACUCGAUGAAGCACCUUUUCUACAACAAUAAUCAGCUGCCUGAGUUGCGUAGCGAAGCUGUCAUCGCGAAGGACUUUGCCGACGUACACGAGCUCUUCUUCGGCUCAGCCUCACCAUCGUCGUCGUUGUCACAGGCGGAGCUGCAGCUGUCUCUGCGGCGGGCGCGCACCACUCUGCCACACACUGGGAGUAGCGCCGCCAUCGUGCCGCGAUACCUCUGGGACUCGGCCGUCUACAACCCCUACCCGGCAGCUCAGCUGGCGAUUAAUACGUGUGAGUUUUCUAGGAGUCCUUCUGGCGAGGGGACGCAAAGCCCUUUCGCACUGGCAGAGGUGCACCAAACCGAUGCUGCCCUUGGAGACGAUGCCGAGGAGGACGUUGGUGGCGCUGAGUUCUUCGUCGAGCUCUGGCAUGCGUUGCUAGACAAGACCACCUCGGUUGGUAGCAACGAGGCUUGGUAUCUGCAGAACACGGAUAUGUUUCUGCUGCUCGUCCGUUGCCUGCUGCACCGACUGGACUGGGAGGCAGCCGCGCAUCUGACGCGCAAGAUGACGCAACACACAAACUACACCUACCUCAUGGAUCACGAGCUCACAACUAUCUUUCGCGAGAUAGGCGAUCCUGCUGGUUGUCUGGCAUUCAAGGUGGCGACGAAGUUGUUCGACGGCCGCAUUACAAAGGACGGACAGACGAAACGGGAGAGGUUUCAUCAGGAGCAGUUUAGCUGA